AUGAGCAGUGGCAAAGCUCCUGCCCCAGAUGGUAUGUCGGUUCUGUUCUUUAAACACUAUUGGGACUCGGUGGGGUUUGACUUCUGUGAUGCAAUUUCCAACUUCUUCAUAACUGGGCGUAUGCACAAAGGAAUCAAUGCCACUAAUAUCGUCCUGAUCCCCAAGGUGCAGAACCCGAAAAGACCUAACCAUUUCCGCCCAAUUUCUCUGUGCAAUGUGGUCUACAAGGUAAUCUCUAAGAUUAUUGCUAAUAGGAUCAAGCCUUUGCUUCCUCAGAUUAUCUGCCCUACCCAGGCUGCGUUUGUAUCGGGAAGAGCUAUACAAGAUAAUAACGUGAUAGCCCAGGAAAUAAUUCACUCCUUCAAUAGAAAGAAAGGCAAAGAAGGUUUGUUUGCAAUCAAGAUAGAUCUAAUGAAAGCUUAUGACAAAAUGAGCUUGGGAUUUAUUGAUCAUGUUAUGGAAUGCUUUGCGGUUCCCCAAGAGGUCAGAACAUGGGUUUCUCAAUGCAUUGCCACCACCUCCCUUAAUGUUUGCCUGAAUGGAGGAUCUGUUGGCAAGAUCUUUCCCUCAUGCGGUCUCAGGCAAGGCGACCCCUUGUCCCCUUACCUUUUCAUCUGGGGAGCGGAAAUUCUAUCUAGACUUCUGGAGGAUGCCCUCAACUCGAAAACCAUUAGUGGAAUCAGGUUAAGUAGGGGAGGCCCGACGCUAUCUCACAUAUUCUUCGCGGAUGACCUAAUCCUUGUGGGUAAAGCCAAUUUAGAGGAGGCCAAAGGCUAUUGGGAUUGCCUUGAAAAGUUUUGUGCUUGGUCAGGCCAAAAGGUAAAUAAAAUGAAGACCUCUAUUUUCUUCAGUAAGAACACCCCUAGUGCUAUGAAACAGAGGAUCAAGGAAACGCUGGGAAUUGGAUCAACAGAAGGUAACGUUAAGUACCUCGGGCUCCCUUUAUUCAGAUCAAGACAAAAAGAUGCUGAUUUUAAUUUUAUUCUGGAUAACCUGUCUGAGAAACUACAUGGUUGGAAGGCAAAGACGCUCUCGAAAGCGGGGCGAGCUACUCUUAUAAAGUCGGUGGGGUUAUCUUUGCCUCUUUACGCUAUGCAAACCACUAAGUUGUCUAACCGACUUGCAGUUAAGGUUGAUGGGCUGGUGCGAGAUUUCUGGUGGGGCUCGGAAAAGGGGAACCAUGGUUUGUACCUAAAAGCCUGGGAUAAACUUUGUCAUCCUAAGUCGUUAGGAGGCCUAGGGUUCCGCAAAUCCAAAGAAAUGAAUCAGGCUUUCCUUGCUAAAUGGGGAUGGAACCUCCUUUCAGGUAACCAAUCUUUAUGCUGCCGUAUCCUCGAAGCCAAAUACCUGAAGGGCAAGUCCUUCCUAGAGUGUGAUCCGAAGCCUUCUGAUUCGUGGUUUUGGAAAAAUGUGACUAAGUCCAGAUCUCUUAUUCGAAAAGGUGCUUGUAAGCGUGUAUCUAAUGGUCAGGAGACGAACAUCUGGUCUGAUCCUUGGAUCGCUCACCUAAAAGGUUUUACUCCCACGCCGGUUGGGCGGGUUCUAAAUAGGGAGUCAAAGGUUGCUGAGUUAUUUCAGCCUAAUGGUGGAUGGAACAUCCAUAAGCUUAAUAGUUUCUUCGAUCGUAAUACUGUCUCCGCCAUCCUCAAAGGAGGAAAUCCUACCGGCACGGGAAAAGACAGCUGGUUCUGGACCUUGGAAAAUAAUGGUCGUUUCUCCUGUAAAUCAGCCUAUCGAGCACUGGCUGAGGAUAGAGUGAAUCCAAGUGAGGUGGCCCCCUCCAUGUGGAACAAACUGUGGAAUUGUAAAAUCCCUGAGAGGCUCAAGGUUCUUUGGUGGUGUAUUCUAUCCAAAGCCCUUCCGAUCUGCUCGGUUAUAGGUAGGAGAUUUCCUAUCGAAGAUGAGAGGUGCCCCCUGUGUGGUACGGAAGCAGAAACUAUGGAGCACCUUUUCCUAUCUUUUAACUUCGCUUUUCACCUUUGGCGAUCCUCUCCUUGGGGUAUUUACCCUAUUUGCGACACUGGUAUUCGUGUGUGGGAUUGGAUCAUCAUGCUCUCUUGCUCCCUUGCCCCAUACCGUGUCCGACGGAGGUGUGCCCCCCCCCCCCCCCCACAGGAUUGGUUGAAGCUGAACUGCGACAUCAGAGUGGGGUUAGAUAGCAUGUGUGCGGCUGUGGUUGCAAGGAAUCACGUUGGCAAGGUAAUCUGGGUGGUUACUUCUAAGAUGGAUUUCUCCAAUGCUCUCUGUGGGGAAGCAAUGGCGUGCUGUCUAGCCCUUCAGGAAGCUAAAGUUCGGGGUGUCAAGUUUCUUAUUCUGGAGAGUGAUUCGAGAGUGGUGAUCAAUGCUCUUAAUGGGAAGGAGUCCCGGUGGGAGCUUGAUAACUUCGUCUCCUUUUGUAAAAUCACCUCCCCUUUCUUUAUUGGUUGUAUGUUUGAUUAUGUUAGUAGACGAUGUAAUUUUAUGGCCCAUAACGUGGCUAAGUGGGCGUUUUCUCAUCAAAGGUUCGGCCUAGUGCCUCUAUCCUCUUUGCCCGAAACUAUACUUUGUAAUGACCGCGAGGUCUGA